ACUCAUUUGCCUACAGUUCCAUUUCGGUUACCAGGAGCACUGCAACUCCAAACAUGAAGCCCACGGUUGUUGUCGUCUUCUUUGCCCUGCUGGCCACGGCUAUGGCCGGCUUUUAUGGUGGUUACGGUGGCAUCGGUUACGGCGGCUACGGAGGAUUUGGUGGAUACGGAGGCUACGGAGGUUACGGAGGAUUCGGAUUUCGCGGUUUCCCGGUCGGACGUGUGUUCUCCUACGGCUCCACCAUCAAGCACGGUUUCGGCGGCUAUGGUCUCGGCUUGGGCUACGGAGGAUACGGCGGAUAUGGAAUUGGCUAUGGAGGAUUUGGCCACGGCUUUUACGGAUAACGUGUGCAAGUGUGCGAAUGAGUCUCUUAGCUGGUGAUCCGACAAGCGCAGUCAGAAAGGCGCAUCUUGGACUCUAUGCCGUGUGUCACCCAGAAUGGCACUCACUUCCUGAGUUUUUCCAACUCCCCUGUACAAUAAAUUUGACAUAAGCAAGCAA